GUACGCGCUUCUCCUUCCACGCGCCAUCGCUGGUCCUUUUUAUUCAUUCCCCUCCCCUCUUUUUUUCUCGUAUUCUUCUUUUUCUUCCAUUCAAUUUAAUUGGCCUCCCCUGAAUUAACAUACCAACCCCUCUCUCCUUCUCUUUCCCCCAGUUCAAUUCAUCGCUUCCCCUCUCUCUCUCUCUCUCUCUCUCAAAUCAAAUCAAAUCAAAUCAAAUCAAAUCAAAUGGAAAAAUCACCGGAUCACCGUCCAUCCCUCUUCUCCCCCUAUCAGAUGGGCCGAAGUAACCUCUGCUGCAGGGUGGUGUUGGCGCCGAUGACGCGGUGCCGCGCGCUGGACGGGAUCCCGCGGGACGCCAACGUGGAGCACUACGCGCAGCGCGCGACCGAGGGGGGCCUCCUCAUCACCGAGGGCACCUUAAUCUCGCCCACCGCCGCGGGGUUUCCUCAUUGCCCUGGGAUUUACACGAGAGAGCAGAUAGAGGCGUGGAAGAAGGUGGUGGACGCCGUCCAUGCCAAGGGAAGCAUCAUCUUUUGCCAAUUAUGGCAUGUCGGCCGGGCUUCUAAUCCUGUGUACCAACCUGAGGGUGCCGCUCCGAUAUCGUCGACGGAUAAACCGAUAUCGGGGAGGUGGAAAAUAUUAAUGCCUGACGGUUCCUACGGCAAGUACCCGAAGCCCAGAAGGCUUGCAACUGCAGAGAUUCCAGAGAUAGUCCAACAAUACUGUCAAGCUGCGCUAAACGCGAUCGAAGCAGGUUUCGACGGGAUCGAGAUCCACGGAGCCCACGGCUACUUGAUCGACCAGUUUCUGAAGGACGGGAUCAACGACCGGUCCGAUUCGUACGGCGGUUCGCUCCCGAACCGGCUCCGGCUCCUCGACGAGGUGACCCGGGCCGUGUGCGCGGCGGUUGGGCCGGACCGGCUCGGGGUGCGCGUCUCCCCGGCGAUCGACCACCUCGACGCCUACGCCUCCGACCCGGCCCGCCUCGGCCGGGCCGUCGUGGACCGGCUCAACGCGGUCCAGCGCGACUUGGGCCGGCGCCUCGCGUACCUCCACGUCACCCAGCCGCGGUACACCGCGUACGGCCAAACCGAGUCCGGGCCCCACGGGAGCGCGGAGGAGGAGGGCCGUUUGAUGCGGGCGUGGAGGGACGGAUACGAUGGGACGUUCAUAUGCAGCGGGGGUUUCACACGGGAGCUCGGUGUGGAAGCGGUCGAGUGCGGGGACGCCGAUUUGGUCUCCUACGGUCGGCUUUUUAUCGCCAACCCGGACCUCGUCGACCGGUUCAGGGCGAACGCUGGUUUGAACCGGUACAAGAGGGCCACAUUUUACACGCACGACCCUGUGGUGGGUUACACGGAUUAUCCCUUCUUGGGUGGUGCCUCUCCACCUCCUCGCCCACGCCUGUAAUUUUGUGGGGUUUAGUUUUAUGGAAUAAAUUUGUUCUAGUAAGGCAUGUUAUUGUAACGGUUAUUAUAAACAUUAGUGUGAUAUUGGAUGUAAUUUUUUAAAAUUAUGACGUGUGCAAGUUAUGUAAUGUGACUAUGUGAGAGGCUUUUCAUUUUAUGAACUUAUUAAAAUUUUUAUGAUGGGCAUUUUUCCUGCAA